AGCAGCUAGAACAAAAAUUUUUUCACUGUUAAAUAGGGCAUUGUUUACACUAUAUAUACCGCUAUUCAAAACAGAAAAUUUCGUACCUACGAUUUUUUCAGAAAAUGCCGCCUAAAUGCCCACUGUGUUCCGGAUGUGCCGCACACCCGGCAGUGUCAACAUUAUGUUGUAUAUUAGCAUUUUGGUGGAUAUCUCUCUCAUCGGUGAGAAGCGAGGGCAGGUGGAUAGUGACAGUGAGUGAAACAGCUUAAAAUCCUAUGUAUGAAAAUUGGUAUAACAAAAACUUAUAAUAAGCGGAAAAUUUCCAGUAUUCAGGGUCAUGAUGAACACUCAAUCGAGCGAUAGCUUCACCAAGCACGUGAGUUCAAAGAACUUUAACAUUGUGGCAGACUGUAUUAGUGAUCUUCGCAGACUGAGUUUGUUAAGUAGUCCUUGUUGUCUUAGUUUCGUUGUUCUUUUUACAUCAUAUGCUAUGUUAUAAGGUCAUAUGUUUAUAGUGACCUUUCUCUUUCUCUCUGGUCUACUGACGUCAUUAGUCCGGCCUGUAAAUGAUAUUCUUUCCUAUUCUUCUUGUGUAUGCUAUGACAGUGCUGGGCGAGUCAAGCUAUUUUUCGAGUCGAGUCGAGUAAAUAUUAUUUUUCUAUUUUUUUUCCGAAUACUAUUUAUUUUUAGGAUAAAAUAAGUUUUGAGCCCGGAAAAAAGAGAGAAUUGAUCCCGGUUGCUUUAAUUAACCAAAAAAUGAUGGAAAUGAGCCCGGUAAUUUAGAUUUGUUAAAUUUUGUUAAAUAUAUAAAAAAUUAAUCAGUUUAAGAGCAUUCUUUUAAAAUCAAUCUUAGAAGCGCGUAGAUAUAACCGUGAUUAAAACUAAACAUCAGUAUGUAGUUCAUAUAUAACAUUAUCGAUUCAACAGCAUCCUUUUAAAAUCAAUCUUAGAAGGCGCAUGUAUAUACACAUCUUAUAUACACAUCGGAUAUAUAUAUAAUUUGGGAAUAGAAAAUGGGGAGAUAUCCGGAAUUAGUUUAUAUUUUUUUCUACAAGCUAUGUCUCGAAGAUUAUGGCAUGAAUGUUCUACAUGUACUACUGAAAACGAUCUAAAAGUUUUUGUUCGAGAAAAAAAUGUUUGUACACAUCGUACUGAAGAACUUACAAGUGAUGUAUCUAUAACAUAUAAAUGUUCAGAGUAUAGAAAAUAUCUACAAUGUCGUUAUCAAUUGAAAGCCAAACAGUUAGAUGUUUUUGAAUCUGAAUUACAUGAUCAUAGUCAAAGACAAGAAAAUAAUCGUCUUAAAUCACCAAUUCGUACUGCUGUGCGAGAAAUGACACAUACAGGUUUAACACAAGGUCAAAUUCGUAAAGCUGUACCAGUAUUGCAUCCUAAUUUAACAAUUGAUACAAAAAUUAAAAAUGUGGUACAAUAUACACGUCAGCAAACCCGUACACAGAUUAUUUCUGUUGAUGAUUUACAAUUAUGGUGUAAGGAAAGAAUUAAUUGUCCACCACCUGGCCAAUUGCAUCAGGUUUUUGUACCAUUUUAUGAAGUAAAAGAUAUUGAUAAUAUAUUUGUGUGUAUCACCACUCGUCAACUACUAUCAACUACCAAAUAUUCUUCAGUGUUGGCUAUUGAUUGUACGUACAAAGUCACAUGGAAUAAUUUACCAAUACUCAUAUUUGGCACAUCAGAUUAUAAACGUCAUUUUCAUCCAAUUGGCUUAUGCUUGGUAUCAUCUGAUGAAGGUGCUUCAACAUAUAAAACAUUAUUUCAAGGUGUUCCUACAUGGGCGUCUAAUAUUAAUCAAUAA